CGUUUGCAGCAUGUCAAGCGGCGCCGAACAACAUAAUACUAAUGGCAAAAAGUGUUAUAUGAAUAAAAGAUAUGACGAUGCCGUUGAUCACUAUUCGAAAGCCAUCAAAGUAAAUCCUCUGCCGAAAUACUAUCAGAACAGAGCAAUGUGUUACUUUCAGCUUAACAACCUCAAGAUGACUGAAGAAGACUGCAAACGGGCACUGGAACUGAGCCCAAACGAAGUGAAACCUUUAUACUUCUUGGGAAAUGUAUUUCUACAGAGCAAAAAGUACAGUGAAGCAAUAAGCUGUCUCUCCAAAGCGCUCUACCAUAAUGCUGUUAUCACGAACGCUCCAGAUAUUGAGAACGCCCUCAAACGGGCACGCCAUCAAAAGUACGAGGAGGAGGAGUCAAAGCGAAUUGUACAAGACGUUGAAUUUCACACGUAUUUGGAGAGCUUGAUCGAAAAGGAUCGUCAAGAAAAUUCUGAAAACCCAGAGGAGUUGCAAAGAGCAGAUAUGGCUAAAAAACGUCUAACCGAACUCACUUUAGCGACACAAGAAAAACGGCAAAACAGGGAGGUUCCUGAGAUGCUCUGCGGCAAAAUUACACUGGAACUGAUGAAAGAGCCGGUGAUAGUUCCAUCUGGAAUCACGUAUGACCGAGAAGAAAUUGUGCAGCAUUUGAGAAGAAUUGGCCAUUUCGAUCCAGUCACAAGAAAACCACUUACCGAAAAUGAAAUUAUUCCGAAUUAUGCACUGAAAGAGGUUAUUGAAAAGUUUCUUGACGACAACCCAUGGGCUAAAUAUGAACCCGGAGGCAUGGUUUAAAUACUAUUCAGAAUAUUGAAAAAUUCAACAUUAAACAUUCCUGGCUGCUUCUCAAUGCAACUUCUUCACUUUUCUACAUGUUUCAGUUCUUUGCAUUUUUUUUUCGGAUUUUUAAACUUUUAUUGUUUGAACGCUGUACCCUCCUUUUCUGUUCUACCGGUAUUUGUAUCUUGGUGUAUUUUUUAGCUUUAGUUUUCUUUCAAAAUUCCAUUGAAUUUCUGGUAGAAAGUGCACUUCAACUUGUCGCUUAGUUCUCAAUUUUACUGCUAAAAGUGAGAUUCUGUAAAUAUUGUAUGAAAUAAAGAGGUGUGAUGCUUUUCUU